AUGGAACUCUGGGUAGGAGAGUGGGGUUCUCAUUUGUCAGACACCCCCACGGUGUCAGAGACCCACCCACAGUGUCAGGGACCCGCCCAACAGUGUCCGGGACCCACCCCACAGUGUCAGGGACCCACCCCACAGUGUCCCCACCCUACACAGGGACCCACCCACAGUGUCACAGUCUCAGGGACCCACCCACAGUGUCAGGGACCCGCCCCACAGUGUCAGGGACCCACCCCACAGUGUCAGGGACCCACCCACAGUGUCAGGGACCCACCCCACAGUGUCAGGGACCCACCCACAGUGUCAGGGACCCGCUCCCACAGUGUCAGGGACCCACCCACAGUGUCAGGGACCCGCCCACACAGUGUCAGGGACCCACCCCACAGUGUCAGGGACCCACCCCACAGUGUCAGGGACCCACCCCACAGUGUCAGGGACCCAGCCCACAGUGUCAGGGACCCGCCCUACAGUGUCAGGGACCCACCCCACAGUGUCCCAGGGACCCACCCCACAGUCUCAGGGACCCGCCCCAGGGGACAGUGUCAGGGACCCACCGUAGCGUGUCAGGACUCCAUACAGUGUCAGACCUGCCCCACUUGCCAGGGACCUCCCACAGUGUCAAAGGACCCACCCCACAGCUGGUCAGGGACCCACCCCACAGUGUCAGGGGACCCACCAAUAUUGCAGCGUCUGGGGCCCACCUCAUUGUGUCAGCCAGACCCACCCCACAGUGUCAGGGACUCACCCCUCACACAGGGACUCCACCUGACUGGUUUGCCCCCACAGUGUCAGGGACCCACCCCACAAGUGUCAGGACCCACCCCUGUCAGGGACCCGUCCCCACAGUGUCAGGGACCCACCUCAUUAGUGGUCUUGGACUCUCUUCGCAGUGUCAGGGACUCCACCCCGCAGUAA